AGCAGCAGCAGCAGCAGCAACAACAACAGCAGCAGCAGCAGCAGCAGCAGCAACAACAGCAACAACAGCAAGCGAACGGAAACCGGAUGCUCUGCUUUCCCGGCAUGCCGUCACUAGACGUGUUCGUCGGCUAUCCGGGCCUCAACUACGAGAUGUAUCCGUACAGCCGCGUUCAUGGACGGUCCAACUAUUUACCAAACCAGCGACCGCUGGAACCGCGCUACACGUCCGCCAGUACCGCUGCCUCCUUUCUGCCACCACCCCGUCCACCGCCUCCGUCGGCGGAUGCCGGUGCGGCGAGUACUGCGCCGGCCGCCGGAAGCCGCCUACCGAAGCCGGCCGCCGCACCGAUCGGCAUCAAACCGAACCGAUGGCUGAUGCCAUCGACGGCACCGUCGCCACCGGCCGCACCGGCCACCAUCAGCUCGUCGCAGCAUGCCGCCGCAGCAGCAGCAGCAGCAGCAGCAGCAAGUGCCGCACCGCUCAGCGCGGGUGUCGACUCGCUUGUCGCUUCGUAUCGGGCGCUCAAUUCGGCCCACCUGCCGCAUGGCAUGGGUGGCUUCCAGCACCACCACCAUCGGCUAUGGGCCGAACCGCUGCCAGCACAGCAAACCUACCUGACUGAUCUGCCACCACCGCCACCACCACCACCGCCGAUCGGUGAGGAGGAAAAGGGACUGCCCAGCCGGCUGUACCAUCCGGCACUGCUCGCGCACGACGCGCAGAUGACGCAUAUCGCUGCCUCGCUGCAGGACUCGUUCAUGGUUUCCCGGCAGCAGCAGCAGCAGCAGCAGCAGCAGCAGCAGCAGCAGCAGCAGCGCCAUCGCGCCAAGUUUGCCAACGGUGUACCGUCCAGCACUGCCACUGCCAGCAGCAACAGCAGCAGCAGCCACCAGCCGGCGGUCAGUGGUAGUGGACCGGCGCGGCCCGAAUUUAGGUUCCGAUCGGGGCGGAGAAACAGCCGCCGCCGCCGCCCCGUGCUGGAGGAGGACUGGUGCGGGCCGAGCCGCAGCUAGCGAUCGGUCCCGGACCGUCCUACACCCUUGGGCCGGGGGGAGAUGGGUUGAGCCGUGGCGGCAGUCAACGCGGCCACUACGAAGCCAAGGCACACGAUUUGCCGGAAGAUGCCGCCGCCCA